AUGUUUGGAUUGAGUAAAUUGAAUUUUUUGGUCCCUUACAUGCCGGCCCAUGAUAUUUUCACAAACAACAGCAGUCCAGAGGAGUACAGCAAUGACAUAAUGUCAGAGAAACCAUUCCUAAACAUUCUUAUAGACACCAGUUCGGAGGAUUUUUGGUCAGAUUUGGAUGAAAAUCUUGAAAAUGAAAAUCCAUUUCGUGAGGACUCUUCAACUUUUAUGAGGAAGAAGCUAGCCGUGGAAGACAAAAGAUCACAGAACUGGUCUAGAAAUGCAUUUUUUCUUCUUAAGUCCAACAGUUUGAUUCGAUCAGUUCCACAGAAUUUAGAAGGCACUUGUUGGGACUUUGCCAAUAGCGGCGAACAGAUCACGCUGCCAACGCUUGGGUGCGGAAAGAGUGAUGCAAUAAAGAGAAUAUCGGCACAGACACUUGUGUGUCUUAUAAACAAGACAUUCGAGCGAGAUUACUUGGUGAUCGAUGCCAGGUUUAGCUAUGAGUAUGAUGGUGGACACAUAAGGGGAGCUGUAAAUAUUAAUAACGAAGGCGAUGUAUUCAGGACUAUAAAGGACAGGAGGAUAUUAAUUUUCUACUGCGAAUUUUCAUCCAUCCGGGGACCCACUUUGGCCAGAAGAGUCAGAAACUGGGACAGAAAGGGAAAUGAAUACCCAAGGCUUGAUUUCCCAGAAAUCUACAUUCUAGAAGGCGGAUACCGAAGCUUCUUUGAGCAAUUUCCCCAGUUCUGCACGCCAAGCAGCUACAUUCAAAUGCAUGAUAAAAGAUUUAAGAAAGAGUGUGCAUAUUUCCAUAAAAAGAUAAAAAUAAAGAAAAAUUGA